CAUGGUCCUGAGGCUCCUUUGUGUGUUGUGUUGCAUCAUGCUGCUGCCACGAUGGUCAGACGCGAAGUCGCUGCACGACAACAUCAAACCAGAAGUGGGUAUAGAUGCGGAUCAGGCUAAUGGUUUUCUCUCACGCUCUCGGCGGAACGCGGACCCGCGCUGGCACAGGCAGUAUCCUGACUUCCAGUCUUACUAUCGCUACUAUAGCAGCAUCGGUCACACAGAGGGGCUGUAUGAGAUCGACCGGAUCCGAAUGCUGUAUCAGCAGAUGAGACACCUGGAGCAAGUGCAUGGUCCUGAUGCUGCCACCUUCCAGAGCAAGCUGGGUGUGCCGAUGCUGCCCAGAUGUGACCCGUCCAAAGACAAACACUGCAAGCUGCCCCCUCCUCCUUCCUCUGUAAAAGGCCCUGCUCCUCCUCCUGUCAUUAAGCAAACCCCUGCCCCACCCCCUGCUGUUGUAAAAGGCCCCGCCCCCUUGGUCCCCUCCCAGGCUGAUGUUAUUUACCUGUGUAACGCCAAAGAUCCACUGUGUAAGCCUCACAUUGUGUACCUGCCAACAGGGGCAGUACCUGUGCUCUGUGACCCCCGGUACCAUCCCAGCUGUAAGCUACAAGGCCCACCACCUCCUCCACCUAUCUCGGUUAAAGGCCCUGCCCCUGCACCACCUCCCGCACCGGUAAUCCAUAAAGGAAUGGAGUACGAUUGUGACCCCUACUGGGACCCCGACUGUCUUAUCGACAAACCUCCCCGCCCUAUGAAGGGUAAAUUUCUGCCCCCUCCACCUGUGCCUGAACCUGGAGAGGAUGAAGAGGAGGUGGAGGUGGAGACGCCAGCUCCACCCGCUCCCAUCGUUAAGAAACCCGCCUACCCCUUCUACGGUUCUCUGUAUCCAUAUGACGUCCAAUCAGAGCUGUACAACCCAGCUCGCUUUUCUUACCCUUCCCCCAACACCAAAUAA